CAUGUGCAUGUUUGUGGACUGAAGAAGGAAGAAGCGAGACACAUUGGCGAAGAUAUAUGUAAGUCUCUUGCGUUCGUAAGUACUGCCGAAUAUUCUGCGCCCAAUUCUUUUCUGGCGGCUGGUAUUUCAUACCAAACAAGCACGCAUUUUACCAGUAGAAUGAGUCAAGAGAACUUGACUUAAGCCAACGAAGCAAGGGCAUUUCACGCACGACCCUGUAAGCGUCGGUGACUGGUGAUAUGUCACUGACAAUCAGUGUGACAGGCCGGCCUGAAGGUUAAUUAAGGAGAAAACGCGGGGUGUCUCCGAGGUGAAUGGUUCGCUCUUACGCUCUUCAGAGCUCGCCGAAGAAUCGCGAAGCAGCACUAGAGGCGUCGGUGACGACUGACGGCGCCCGCCGCGGGAGUCUCUGUUUAAGCUAAGGCACUGCUACCGAAGAAAAACAAAACAAGAGAAAAAAUAUUUAGGGGCUGGAGAAUGGCUCGUUUUGAGGGCGGCGUUCUCUACGGAAAGAGGAGUGCGUGCGCGACUGUUUGUAUCAUUCAUGUCGUCACAAUGGCGUCGACCGACUUGCAGCGCCCUCUCUCUACGCAUCACUUUUCCCAUCCGCUCUCCGUGGGACAGGCCUGACUAUAUAACCAUCGUCUGCUCCAGCGCAGCGCCAAACACGACUUGCGGCGUCGAGCGAUCGCGAGCUUCGCCGGCGCAAGCAAGCAAGCACAAAAGUCCGAGAUCGUCGCGUGACGGCGAACAUGGAGCGGUCCUCGCUAGCCGAGAAAAACGAGGAGUGGAUUAAGAUGGACGACCGCAAGGACAACCCGAGCAAGAAGCAGUCGCGGUUCCAGGUGGCCAAGGUGGACUUCGCCGUCGAAAAGCACUCGGACGACGAGAGCAGUUAUGAAGAGGAUGGUCAUGAUCAAGACGCCGACGGCCAGCCGGACGGCCAGUCGUGGAACGCCUGCUCGUACGACACGCACAAUGUGCGCAGCCUGCGCCACUACACGCGCGAAGCCCUGCCGCGGCUCGACCACUACAGGAACCUCAUGUCAGUGCACGGACACAUGGAGCGACCCACGCUCGACGAGCUGCACAACGCUACGCUGUCGCUGCUGCCGGACCAGAAGCAGUCACUGGAGAAGUCGGCGCGCAACACUGCCGACGAGGUGGUCAUCAAGGGCAAGGGAGCCGUCAAGCUGGGAUGGAUCCAGGGAGUGUUUGUGCGAUGUCUGCUCAACAUCUGGGGUGUCAUCCUGUUCCUGCGGCUUUCCUGGGUGGUGGGGCAAGCUGGAAUAGGCCUGGGCUCCGCCAUCGUCAUCCUCGCCUCUGUCGUGACAAUGCUUACGACGCUCUCCAUGUCGGCCAUCUGUACCAACGGCGAAGUCCGUGGAGGAGGGACGUACUACAUGAUAUCUCGAAGCUUGGGGCCCGAGUUCGGCGGCUCUAUCGGCCUCAUCUUCUCGCUAGCCAACGCGGUAGCCAUAGCCCUCUACGUGGUCGGCUUCUCCGAGACCGUCCGAGACUUGUGCAAGCAACAAGGCACCUUCAUCGUGGACGGCGGACUCAACGACGUUCGAAUAGUGAGCGGCGUCACCGUCAUCUGCCUGCUGGGAAUAGCCAUCAUCGGCACCGAGUGGGAGUCCAAGGCCCAGAUGGUGCUUCUGGUCAUCCUCCUGGUAGCCAUGGCGGACUUCCUUGUCGGAGCCGCCAUUCCCCCAAGCUUGGCUGAGCAGUCCAAGGGCUACUUCGGAUGGUCCACGGCCCUAGCGCUGGAGAACGUCGGUCCAAGCUUCCAGGAAGGCGAGAACUUCUUCACCGUGUUCUCCGUCUACUUCCCAGCUGCCACGGGCAUCCUCGCCGGCGCCAACAUCUCCGGAGACCUGGCUGACCCCCAGACGUCCAUUCCCAAGGGCACGUACCUGGCCAUCAUCGUGACGACCAUCUCGUACGUGUUCUUCGCCAUCGUGGCCGGCUGCAUCACGGUGCGCGAGGCCAACGGGCUGGCGCUGGUGAACGACACCACCUUGGCGGACGUGCGAAACUGCACCCUGACCGGAGGAUGCGAGUACGGCCUGCUCAACGACAGCCAGGUGAUGGAGCUGAUAUCCGCCUUUGGUCCCCUGGUGUACGCCGGCAUAUUCGCUGCCACCCUCUCCUCGGCCUUGGCCAGCUUGGUCAGCGCCCCCAAGGUCUUCCAGGCGCUGUGCAAGGACCGCAUCUUCCCGCACAUCGAGGUGUUCGCCAAGGGCUACGGCAAGAGCAACGAGCCGCGGCGCGGGUACCUGCUGGCCUGCGCCAUCGCGCUGGGAUGCGUCGCCAUCGGCGAGCUGAACGCCAUCGCGCCCAUCAUCUCCAACUUCUUCAUGGCUGCCUACGCGCUCAUCAACUUCUCCUGCUUCCACGCCUCGUACGCCAAGUCUCCGGGUUUCCGUCCGGCCUUCAAGUACUACAACAUGUGGCUCAGCCUGAUCGGCGCCAUGCUGUGCGUGUUCGUGAUGUUCAUCAUGAACUGGCAGACGGCACUCAUCACCUUUGCCGUCGUGCUCGGCCUCUACAUCUACAUCAGCUACAGGAAGCCCGACGUAAACUGGGGAUCCUCGACGCAAGCACAGAUAUACAAGGACGCUCUAAACGCCGUCUACCGCCUGCAGACUGUUCAGGAGCACGUCAAGAACUACAGGCCCCAGAUCCUGGUUCUGACCGGCGACCCCAGCCACCGUCCGCCUCUGGUGGACUUCGCCUACAGCAUCACCAAGAAGCUCUCGCUGCUUAUCUGCGGCAACGUCACGCCCCACCGCCUGACGUUCCGGUCGCGCACUGCUCUCACCAACCGCGCCAACGCAUGGCUCGAGCGCCGCAAGGUCAAGGCCUUCUACACGCUGGUGCGCGACGAGGACUUCACGCACGGCGUGCGAUCCCUGCUGCAGUCUUCAGGACUGGGCAAGCUCCGUCCCAACGUCGUGCUCAUCGGCUACAAGUCCAACUGGCAAACGUGCGACCGCCAAGAGGUGCUCAAGUACUUCACCGUCAUCCACGACGUGCUGGACCUGUACAUGUCCGUGUGCAUCUUGCGGCUUCCCGAGGGCCACGACUACUCCGAGUACGCCGACCAGGACGCUACGGUCGCCGCCAACGGCAAGAAGCCCGACAUGCUGACCGUUCCCGGAAUUGAGCGCGAGAACUCGUCGGGGGCCUUCCCGCGAAACAUCUCCAGCGCACAGCUCUCCAUGGGCGGCAGCUCCCGGGGGCCGUCGCCGCCGGCGACUCCGCUGAUGGGCCGCGCGGAGGGCAUGCCGGGCAACGCCUUGGAGAAGGCGCCGCUGGCCGAGCCCGAGCCGGCCUCGGUGGUGGUCAACGUGAUGCCCCAGCACCACCAGGGCGCCGAGGACACGAACAAGACGUCCGACGAGCCCAAGGAGCUGCCGCUGGCCGUCAACCAGUUCCUGCGCAAGCAGAGGAAAGGAACCAUCGACGUCUGGUGGCUGUACGACGACGGAGGUCUCACGAUGCUCAUUCCGUACCUGCUGACCACACGCAACAACUGGAGCGGAUGCAAGCUGCGUGUCUUCUGUCUGGCCAACAAGAAGGAGGAACUGGACCGAGAGCAGCGAAAUAUGGCGUCGCUGCUGAGCAAGUUCCGGAUCGAGUACUCGGACGUCACAGUCAUCCCGGACAUCGUGCGACCACCGGCUGAAUCCAGCAAGCGCGAGUUCGAGGACCUGGUCCGCAAGUGGCGCCGGACGGAGGACGACGACGCCGAGGUGGAGCACGACCCGCUCGAGAUCUCGGACUCCGAGAUGCUCGCGCUCAGGGACAAGACGUACCGACAUCUGCGUCUUCGCGAGCUGCUGCAGAAACAUUCCAAGAAUGCCACUUUGGUCGCUAUGACCCUCCCGAUGCCGCGCAAGAGCACCUGCUCGGCCUCCAUGUACAUGGCGUGGCUGGAGACGCUGACCAGGGACCUGCCACCGUUCCUGCUCAUCCGGGGCAACCAGACCAGCGUGCUCACCUUCUACUCUUAGUGACGUGCCUCCUUCUGGCGCGAGCGCCCCCGAACGUCCGCGCAGCGAAACGUGCACCCACAGGCUGCAUCGUCGAAGCAACCCGGCGACGACGACGACGACUAGUGCGUCUUCGCAUGACGACGCGUCUUGACUCCCUGGUGGCGGCAUUGUGUGCGCCGUCUCGCUGUUUGGACACGGGCGCGAACCGGUGCAACUGGGCUUCCAGCCUCCCCCCCCCCCCCCUAUUUUUGUGUGCAUUUGCGUGCGUGCGUGUGUGUGUGUGUGUGUGUGUGUCGCGUUUAUUGUUUCUUACGGCCACCCUGGCACCGAAGUAGCCGGCGCCGCCGCCGCGAGCACUUUCUUUCGAGGGUCCACUACACUAUAUAGAACACUCCGGCUGGACAGCAGCCGUGCCAAGGUGAACAGACUCUUGUCGUCGUUACACGAUGGUGACGGCGGUGCGUCUCGAAGAGACUGCAGUGUAUUGUUGUCCGCCUAGUACAUUAGUAUUAAGUCUCGUUGUUUACUCUUUUCUUUUCAUUGUGAUUUUUAUUUUCUUCUUGAGGCUCUUCUGUUCGGUAACUCUUCUUUUAUGUGCUGGCGACUAUAGCGUCACAUAGUGACGUGUCGCAGCUCGUCGGACAUAUCGAAGAACGUGGUGGUCUUCCCGAAGCGCAGUCCGAUAGCGUGACCGUCGCGCCACCUGUGUACAAAUGUUUCGGCGGCCCUUGCCCCCCUCUGGCGACGCCUUAUAUAUAGCUUGGGUGGGGAAACCCCCUCUACCUCUGAUGGAAUCCUGUCGCAAUAUACGUCUUCUGUUCUGAUCGAUUCGUCAAUAAGUGCCCGCGUUCUCAAGCCCCUGAAAACGAUUCCCAGAUUGUGCGUUCGAGCAACGAAAAAGAAAAAAAAAGAAAGUGCUUAGUACUGCAGGAACAGUGCAACACUGUUACAAAAUAACCCCUUCAAACUUCUCGUACACCGGUGUAGUGUGUUUGCGGUGAUUUGCAUUGUGCCAUCGUGGAACCAUUUGGACCGUCUCGGCCCUUUGUUUGACGCUUGUAUAAUAAUCUGCGAUCAUGACCACAUUUCGUCGUCGUGUGCAAACGUGCGUGUGAGAUGUGAGUGUGCAGACAUACGUCAUCUCGCCUCCUGCCUUACGAAUGCAUAAGCACAGAAUACUUGCGAGAAAAAGAAAUAAUGGUUCAGGCUGCGGAGCUAAGCAGCAAGCCCAUCUUUCAUUCAGACGUGCCCGGUCAUGCAACCUUUAUAAGUCGCUGAACCGGUCCACCGAAUUGCAGUUUUUCUUUCCAGUUCUCUCUUUCUUACAUAUUAGCUUUUGAGGUGCGUUUGCGCUCCCGACUCGGGUUUUGUACCUUUAAAACGACGCAUGUACACAGCUCGGCCUACAUUAUGUCACUAAGAAUCCCGCGAUGUGUGUCUCAUGCGACUGCUGCUGUUAGCCACUGUCCCUACAAUAAGGAUCGGAUGGAUGGGACGUAAGCUCAUAGGAAGAAGGAAAAGUAGGUUUAGCAGUAAAUCGUUGCGUGUACCCCAUGUUAACCCACAAAUCCGCCCAUUGAAAGGACUUCCAUGUGACCCACCUAUAUAUAAAAAAAAAGUUCUGGGGAAUCAUUGUUAUGCGUUGAAUCGCCUGUAGCCCCGUUUUCUUUCUUUUCUUUUUUUGUCGCAGGUCAAUACUUUUGAUUAAGCUCGUAGUACCGGGUCGCUUUAAUAAAGCAUAGCUGUAUACUGCUUUUGUGCGGCGUCGCAUACAUAUAUUUAACACGACGACGCCAAAAUAUUUUUUUCUUUUGUUCCAGUCAUUGCAUUUAUGAGUGUAGAGUUUGCCCGCGGAUCGCAUUUUAAGCCUGCGGCCAAACUAGCUGAGGCGAAGAAUUUUUACAAUUGUUAGUCCCUUGUAUUGUUCGUCAACUCCGUUGUGAAUCUCUCUCUGUCAUUUUGUUCUUUCUUUGCAAGUCUCGUCAGUGUUGGUUUUUAAACCGCUGUCUCCGGUUACAACGACCCCGUGCACGAAGUUUUACUCUUAGACGACUGUGGUAUUUCAUCGUUCAACUGUUGCGGUAUUCUGAAAAAGAAAAGAAAGGCUCACAGGAUAUUUUUUGCUUUUUAAGAACUUUUCUCACUGAGCAAUAGACAACGACCAGCCGAAAAGCGAAAUAUUGCUUUAACGUCGCGUACUCGCUGUAUACAGUCUGACGGGCCUGUUUGUUUCCCGGAAUACUAACUAUAGUGACGGGGCGAAGCCUUACAUCGCCUCUGCAUCGAGCAGCAUACAUUAGCCACUUAGGCGUCGCGCCAGUGCCUUUCACGCCGCGGCCAAGGCCGAUCCAAAUAGGUCGCGAAGCUUCGGCCGAAAAGCGGUUCAGUACAGAUUGUCACCGACAUCAGCAUGGGGGGUUAUGGGAGCAGCGAUUGAAGUGCGACUAUGUUUGGAGGGAACAAACAUUGGGAAAGAAAAACGCGUUUUUUAAUUCAAAAGAGACACUGUUAGUUUCAUUCAACGAAAAUAAAAUUCCUAGACAAUUUUAUACAUUCUUGACGAGUUAAGAAAAUACAAGUUUAAUUUUAUUAUUAUUAAUAAAUGCAUUUCUUUUAAGCGCCCAUCGCUACAGGGGGCGUUGACGCCACUAUCACUCGCAAUGCAAUGCACGUCUUGAAAUCGGCAGAAAGGCGCACUCGUAUCACCUGUUGAAAUACGCCCCCCUUACGGUUUGUGCUUUCUUGCUUGUCAAAGUUUGUCUGAAUUUGGUGACGCGGGUAGCUUCAUUGCUUCUUAAUCUGUUCAGUCAAAUGUAGUGAGUUACGACCGCCAGAUAAUUGUGUAGUUGUUUUCGUGCGACCGCGCUGGCCGAUGGGCUUGGCAUCCAACAAUAGGAUCAGCACUCUCCACCUAAAGCUUUCGUCGGCUUUCAAAGAAAGUAUGUUCUGGCAAGGAUGCGAUUUCGACAACCGUACGGCUGGCCUUUUCCUGCAUCGCUUUCCACGCUGAAAGCUCGAAACGCCCAUCAAGUCGAAUGGCAGGGCAUUUGAAUAUAUAGCUCCAAAGAAAGAACAAAACAAAUUUCGCGCCUUCGAAAACAAAUGACGUCACUUUUGCUUUUAACGGACAUGGCGUCACACUAUUUUUUUUCUUCCGCCGGAAGUGUUCCCACCACAUACAGAUGGCGCUAAGCCCCAUGGACCGCCGAUGGACCGCCAGGUUUUGAACGUAUAGGCUCCUAUGGAAGCUUCUCUACCAGGUACAUUUACCUUGCCGCGGCCAUCGCGAAUUCCUCGUCGUUUUAUUCGCCCGAUGGCCAGCUUUAGGUAACGCUUCACCGUGAGCCACGCAAGCAGACGGUAGUAUGGCUAUUUGUGAAGUAGUAGCGCGCUGUUAUAGCUCUUUUUUUUUUUUUCGAGUUGCGCGUGAAGCGACGUUCCAAAUGUCGACUUCUCCCGGUCGCGAGCACGUCUUCCAGCUUCACUUCACGAGUACUUAUCUUGGUAACUUUUCCUUCUGUACUGUUUGCAAUGCGCGUCUGUAACUUACAAUGUAUAGACGUACUGUUAAUGGCUCAACUCUCAUUUUCUCGUGAUCUCUUUUUUUUUUUAUCGGGGAGCGUAAACGAAGUUUCCUCGCAUUUUCGCGUUCAGUUGCUAACCGCGGGGCCCUGAAAUACAUUUCGUCAGAGCUUCAGUUUAUUUGCUCCUCAGCGACACUCCCCCCUAUUAAAGAAAAAAAUGAUUGCAAGCGUUUUGUGUAAUCUAGGGAUGCGGCAGCGUCGUCUAAGUAGCGGGACGCAUGGAAGCGUGAAACUGUGACGUCACGCUAUUCGGCUGGUUACUCGUCCAUUCAAAGGCGAGAGCCAGCUACGCGUGAAUUACAGUGGAAACGUCGGCCCACUAGCGUCGAGUCCGUCUGCUACGUGGAACGCGCUGAUUGGUUUACAAGAUUUCGCGAAGCAGGUGUGACAUCUCCUGUGCCCGAUCAGACACGGUCAACUUCGCUUCACUUUAGAAGGAUUGUCGGGCUAGUUGGUUCUCCAUAAUUGAAGUAGUGACUUAGCGCGAUGAAAACGCAGAAACGAGAAAGGUGGACGAAGACAAGUGUGUUUGUCUUCGUCCACCUUUCUCGUUUCUGUGUUUUUAUCGCGCUAAGUUACUACUUCGCUCCACUUUGAUUCGCUAAACUCGCAGGAACAUCUGUUCCUGCGUAUGUUUUACAUUGUAAUGCAUGGAAACGGUCCCGCGGUAGAUGGCGUUCCUUGUUGUGUAAGCAAAAAAUAAAAAUAAAUAAAUAAAAUAAAAGGCAUUUGGACGCAACUGAACGACACCCCCUAUAUGUCGGAAGACUUGCGCGUUCUGAUCGCAGUGUCAUCUGGGAAGGCCAUAUUGGCGAAGAGAUGUCCGAGCUUGCGAAGAUUUGAAACACGAACUACACAAGUGUUUUUUUUUUUUCCAGGGCCCCUUUAAAUUCUGUUAUCUAUAAUAGCGAUAGAGCGUAGUUCACGGGAGAUUGCUGUCGAUUGCAGAUGCUAUCAAUACAAUGCCUUCACAACAGAUUUUUUUUCCCCUCCACGUUAACUCUCUGUGUAAUUUGUCAGGAGUCGCAUCAUUCGGAGACGCCGGUCCCGUCUUCGCUACAAAUGCUACUAUUUUUGUACGGCAAUGUAAAUAGGAAAAAGUUUCGACUACCACUGUAGGCAGUAUUUUAGUUGUACAUAGUGUUUUGUAGUGUCCUCUUCCGUGCAUUUCUUUUCUUUUCACGUCGGUGUAAAGUUGGCAAAUACCGCAUUUUUUUUUGCGCCUUCUUUGGCGCUGACCUGUAUCCAUUUCUCUUUUUUUGUUCGUUUUUUUCUUUACGAGUAUGCGUAGAAAUUUUGCAGUGUCAAAACAAAGUGCCUUUGGAUAGAGGGAGCGUGUCUGAACGCGCCUUUCACUGUUCACACUUGUUUUUUUAGGAAACUGAAUUUGCCUGACCCACACGGUCGGUCCUCUGCGUCUCCUCACAUUGACUGUUCCAACUUGUUUCUUGGACUUCAAUAAAUGAGACUAUGUGGUCAACUUA